AUAAACACUCCCUAACUCAGCCCCGCGUAAUAUAACAGAAUCAACCGCUCAAACCAUUCUCUCUCUCUCUAUCAAACAACCCCAAAACCAGAAGAGAGAGGAACUACACAAUGGGGUCUCUCCCACCAUCUUCAGAUCUCUCUUUACCCUCCCAAAAAGCCCUAGUUGACCCCAAUAACCUCCUCAAACUCUUCAAAUCCCAGCAAAAUUACCUAAACUACUUCUUCCAAAACCUAGACCUCUCUCAAACCCUAACCUUCACUCAAACCCUCUUGAACGCCAAGGGCACAAUCUUCUUCACCGGCGUCGGCAAAUCGGGCUUCGUCGCUCAAAAGAUCUCCCAAACCCUAGUCUCCCUCGGAAUCCGAUCUGGGUUUUUGUCCCCUGUCGACGCCCUUCACGGCGACAUCGGCAUUUUGUCGAAUUCCGAUCUCUUGGUGCUCUUUAGCAAGAGCGGGAACACGGAAGAGUUGCUCCGGCUCGUGCCGUGCGCGAGGGCGAAAGGGGCGUACUUGAUCGCGGUGACCUCGUCGGAGUCCAAUUCUCUGAUGGGUGUGUGUGAUUUGAAUGUGCAUUUGCCUCUGGAGAGGGAAUUGUGUCCGUUCGAUUUGGCACCGGUGACCUCGACUGCGAUUCAGAUGGUUUUCGGAGAUACGGUGGCGAUUGCGUUGAUGGGUGCGAGGAAUUUGACCAGGGAUGAGUAUGCCGCGAAUCACCCGGCAGGUCGGAUUGGGAAAACCUUGAUUUUCAAGGUGAAGGAUGUUAUGAAAAAGCAAGAGGAACUUCCAGUCUGCAGGGAAGAUGAUUUGAUAAUGGAUCAGCUAGUCGAGCUAUCCAGUAAAGGAUGUGGAUGCCUCCUUGUAAUUGAUGAACAGUACCACUUGAUAGGCACGUUCACUGAUGGUGACUUGCGGCGCACACUGAAAGCUAGUGGCGAGGGGAUCUUCAAGCUUACCGUGGGAGAGAUGUGCAACAGGAAUCCAAGGACGAUUGGUCCCAAUGCAAUGGCAGUUGAAGCAAUGCAGAAGAUGGAGUCUCCUCCAUCUCCCGUUCAGUUCUUGCCUGUCAUCGAGCAUCAAAACGUCUUGAUUGGUAUCGUUACACUGCACGGAUUGGUCUCAGCUGGCUUGUGAGUUCUAUAUGGAUGUAUUAAUAGUCUCUAUUCCGUCUUUUAUUUCUACAAACGAUUCUUUUGUAUUUUUUACCCCAAUCCUCUGACGAGGUGGUUUAUCUGAUAUUCUUUAGAUGGUUAAUGUUGUACUUAAGAAGCAUAUGAAAAAUCUUAAUUGAUAUUUGUUAUCUAAGUAAAGGGGUCUCUUGAGCAUCCAUUAUUUGACGUA